CUGCAUGUGUGUGUGUGUGUGUGUGUGUGUGUGAGCUCAGCUCAGUAAAGCUUCAUCUCUAAUAGGAUGAGCAGCCGCUCGCUCGUGUAGCUGAAUGCGCCGCUCAUUGUUCGCUUCGCCGUUCCUCUGCCGUUUCCGCGGAUCGAUCGGUCAGUGAUCGGGAUUUCUCAUGGAUCUAUCGAUGUGAAGACGCUGUCAAACGCGGCUGAAGUUCAGAAGUGAUCGAGCGGAGCGGCAGGAGGCAAACAUGCGGUCGCAGGCCUUGUUGCUGUAUUUCACGGUGCUGCAGACGGCCGGAGCCGCUUUCCCAGAAGACACCGAGCCAAUCAGUAUUUCACACAGCAACUAUACCAAACAAUAUCCAGCGUUCGUGGGACACAAACCGGGAAGGAACAACACGCAGCGGCACAAACUGGACAUUCAGCUGAUCGUCAUCAUGAACCACACGCUCUAUGUGGCCGCCAGGGAUCACAUUUACACGGUGGACAUCGAGACGGCCAAUGCGGAGGAGAUCUUCUUCAGUAAGAAGCUGACGUGGAAGUCCAGGCAGGCCGACGUGGACACCUGCAGGAUGAAAGGCAAACACAAGGACGAGUGCCAUAACUUCAUCAAGGUCCUGCUGCAGCAGAGCGACGACUCUCUGUUUGUGUGCGGAACCAACGCCUUCAACCCGUCCUGUCGGACCUACAAGAUGGACAGUCUGGAUGCCGUGGGCGAUGAGAUCAGCGGAAUGGCUCGCUGCCCAUACGACGCCAAACACGCCAACGUGGCCCUGUUCGCCGAUGGGAAGUUAUACUCGGCCACGGUCACGGACUUCCUGGCGAUCGAUGCGGUGAUCUACCGCAGUCUGGGUGACAGUGCCACCCUCAGGACGGUCAAACACGACUCUAAAUGGCUGAAAGAGCCAUAUUUCAUCCAGGCGGUCAACUAUGGCGAGUUCAUCUACUUCUUCUUUCGGGAAAUCGCCAUGGAGUACAACAGCAUGGGGAAGGUGGUGUUUCCGCGAGUGGCUCGCGUGUGUAAGAACGACCGUGGCGGCUCUCAGCGAGUGCUGGAGAAACAGUGGACUUCUUUCCUGAAGACGCGCCUCAACUGCUCCAUCCCUGGAGACUCGCACUUCUACUUCAGCAUCCUGCAGGCCGUCACCGACGUCAUCCACAUCAGCGGCCGCGACGUGGUCAUGGCCACCUUCUCCACGCCGUACAACAGUAUCCCGGGAUCAGCCGUCUGCGCUUAUGACAUGGCGGAGAUCUCGGCGGCCUUCACCGGACGCUUCAAAGAGCAGAAGUCACCAGAUUCCACCUGGACCCCCGUCCCCGAGGAGAAGGUGCCCAGACCCAGGCCAGGCGUCUGCGCAGGAUCUUCCUCUGGAGAGAAAUUCAAAGUGUCCAACGAGUUCCCGGAUGAAACGCUGAACUUCAUCAAGCUUCACCCGCUGAUGGAUGAAGCCGUUCCUUCCAUCGCCAAUCGGCCGUGGUUCCUCAAGACGAUGGUCCGAUAUCGUCUGACGCGUAUAGCCGUGGAUAACGCCGCCGGCCCUCAUCGCAACCACACCGUGGUUUUCCUGGGAUCGGAGCGAGGAAUCGUGCUGAAGUUCCUGGCCAAGAUGCGGAGCGGCUUCCUGAACGACAGCCUGUUUCUGGAGGAGCUGAGCGUCUACAACCCAGAGAAUUCGUCUCCAGAUUCGUUCGUGGCUCUCAAUGAGCAUCAGCGCAGGCAGCAGGGUGUGAGCGAUAUUACCCAGAAUGCUGCAUGCGGCCUCCUCACCACCGUCCCUCCUCCGGCCCCCAGGGGCCCGCUGCUCCGGGGCCGCAUGGUCAAGCCGAAGGAGGCAGAGCCGCCGGGUGAUCAGAGCGACCCGUAUGUGUCCGCUCCUUCAGACACGCAGCAGGAGAGCGCCGGGGUGAUCCGUGAGACGUACCACCGAGACCGCGAUCAGAUGGUUCCCGUCACGCUCCUGGCCAUCGCCGUCAUCCUCGCCUUCGUCAUGGGCGGCAUCUUCUCCGGCAUCGUGGUCUACUGCGUGUGCGACCACCACCGCCGGCGGGACUUCGAGCUGCCCGGCCGCAAAGACAAGGACUCGGUCCAGUCCCGACGGGGCUCCAUGAACAGCGUCACCAAGCUGACGGGGCUCUUCGAGACACAAGCCAAGGACGGACGGACAGAAGCCAUUCUGACCCCGCUCAUGCACAACGGCCGCUUGGCCAACGGCAAGAUGCUCAUCAAAGCUGACCAGCACUUGGAUCUGACCGCUCUGCCCACGCCCGAAUCCACGCCUAUGCAGCCGCGACGCAAACCCAGCCGAGGCAGCCGCGAGUGGGAGCGCAACCAGAACCUGAUCAACGCCUGCACCAAAGACUUGCCCUCCAUGGGCUCUGUGGUCAUCCCGACGGAUUUGCCUCUGCGGGCGUCUCCGGGCCACAUCCCAAGCGUGGUGGUGCUGCCUUUGCCCCAACACCAGCAUGAGUAUGUAGAGCAACCGCACCGCGGAGAGCUCGCCAUUGACCAGGCCGCCACGCUGGAGUACAAGUCCCUCAAGAGCCCAAGCUUGGCGGAUGGCGAGAGAGCGCCUCCAAGAGUCCCCCAGCGAGAGGCAUCUCUGAGCGCCGUGAUCCCGCCGGCCGUCCCGCAGAUGGGCAAGAGGCUGGAUGUGCAUUCGUCCGUAUACAGCCGCGGCUAUCCCAUGAGCUCGGGCCUCAAGAAACAGCACAACACCAACUCGUCCAACUCAUCCCACAUGUCCAGGAACCACAGUUUCCGGUUGGAGACGCCUCCUCCGCCCGCUCCGCAGCGGGUGGACUCCAUGCACGUCACCUCUCCGCCGCCGAUCCUCGGUCUGUCGCGCCAUCCCAGCCUGAGCUCAUACGGCUCUCUCUCCAGGCAUCUCAAGCCUGACGUCCCUCCUAAACCGAAUCUGGUGUCCCUUUCCACAAAAGCCAAGUCCGGGGACUCCUGCACAUAAUCGAUCGCUGCGGAAUCAAAGACGGGGAACGUGAAAGUGCGUCUGCUUUGUGCAGCUGUGUACAGGAAAUGCAACUCACUUUUUUGUUUUGUUUUGUAUAUUUUAUAAUACAUGUCGAGCUCAGGCUGAUGAGGGCGAACAUCUGGGGCAACUCUUGGAGAUUUCGUCCGGUGGCAGCAUGGUUGCCGAUGGUCAUUUUCUGCCAAAAGCACUUCGGAGACGGGCGCAGAAGCUACGAGAGACGCCCCGGUUAUCAAGCACUUGGACACACAGCGAGUUCAGACGGGAACAGCUGCUGGAGUUUACUUUGGGAAAACUGUGAAAAACCGCCGCCUGUCUCAGUGUUACUGUUACUGGACAAAGCAAUCGAGUUCUGCCUUCGUGCAAGAGUUCAACACGUCUACUGAAACUGUUGACUAAAUAACACGUGACUGUUAAUACUAAUAGCAGGUUGUAUUUAUUUUUUAAUAAAGUGCUUUUGCAGAAAGAGCGUCUCUUUUAGGCUCAAAUGAGACGGGAGCGAUCUUUUUAAUUUGAAUUAAUCAAGUGUGAAAUUAUUUAAAGUCAUUAAACUGGAGCCAGCAGCACUUCUGUCCACUAACUCUUCGGACGUUGCUAAGCAAAGUCAGAGGCGAGGGAAGCCUCCGUAUGGAAGGAACAAUUCUCGAGCUGUGCCAGAGGGGCUUGUGGGUAGAGCUUACAGGCCACAGACAGGAACUCCUGAAUCUCACCUCUUCAUCAUCACCUCCUGAAAUCCGCCGCUCCAUCCGAGUGCCAUUCUCGCCACACUUAAGACGCUUUCAAUCGUACGGUUUUCUUGUCCCAUCCACACACACGACCCUUUCGUCGAAUCAUUUCAGCCUGUUUUUCUCCUUCCACCUGUAAAUUUGUGCCUUACACCCCUGAGUAGUGAAGCGUUUGUUAGCUGUUAACUGUCGUGGUUCUUAUGAUGACGUUUGUUUCCCUCGUUUGAUUAAAAAAAGAAACAAAAAAAACACGUAAGUGAAGAAUGUAGGUGUUGUUGUUGUCGACUCUGGUCCCUUUGCUAACCAUAAAUGUGACCCUGCACCACAAAACCAGUCAUAAUGGUCAAUUUUUCGAAAUUG